AUGAUUGAAAAACAAGUGGUUGUAAUCGGUGCCGGAAUCUCAGGCUUGAAAACGGCGUCUGAACUCUACGCUAAAGGAUGCAAAUCUUGCGUGGUUCUGGAAGCUAGAGAUAGAAUUGGUGGCAGACUAUACACUGCACCAGGUUAUAACAAUAACAAGUAUGACUUGGGUGCUAGUUGGCAUCAUGAUACAUUGGUCAAUGGUCUAUUUUUGGAAGAGGUCGGCCUCCCCAAAGAAGAGCGAGCUGCCUUUGUUUUUGAUGACGAUGCCAUGAUUGUCUUCGAUAAAGAGAGAGGAAGAGUUGACCAGGAUCCAGAAAUGGCAUUGGAAGUACUCAUGGAAGAACUCCUUAAGUUCAAUCAACUCCAGUAUUUCGAAGAUUUGGACGUCAAAGAUGUGAACUAUUUCGAAACAAUCGUCAAGUACUUGUACGAAAGGAGGGACUUGCUUACAGAUGAACAGAUUCAGUAUCUACCUCAGGUGGCACGCUUCAUGGAGUCCUGGCACGGAAUCGAUUGGAAAACCCAAAGCUCUAAAUGUCUGGAGAUCGCACAUCAAGGACGGAAUGCAUUUGUUCUCAACUACGAUACCAUUGUUAAACGUGUAGGCUCUGCCAUCCCUCAAGAAUGGAUUAAGAUGGAAACUGAGGUCAGUGAGAUUGAUAGUGAGGGCAAGAAGGUAGUUGUCACUACCAAGACUGGCGAGAAGUACGCAUGUGACUACGUUGUGGUUACCAUUCCUCAGAGCAUCUUAGCUCACUCGUUGAAACCGGAACCUCGUAAAGGUAGAAUUGAAUUCAACCCACCUUUGGCUAGUGGUAUUCAAGAUGCCUUCAAAAAAACUCACUAUGGUAGUCUCGGUAAAGUCGUCUUUGAGUUCAAAGAUUGCUGUUGGUCGAGAAAGCGGUCUCGGGUGCUUUCUUUGGGCAGUAGUACCCCUGAUAUUACUGCAAAAGUGAGAGAUGCUGAUGACUUGGCGUCACUCGUCGAAAAGCUCAACCUGGACACUCAAUAUAACUUCAAAAAUGGAGAGUCCUGGGAUUUCCCACUCUUCUUUGUUAAUUUGGCCAAACACACGGACAUCCCGUCUCUGAUCUUGUUAAUGGCGGACCCGCUCACUGCAUAUAUCGAAUCUUUGCCGGAUAAAGAAAAGCUUUAUGAAUAUUUCGAGCCCAUUUUGACAAAAGUCCUACAAGCCUUAGAUUGUACUGAGCCUAUUGUGAAAGACUUUGACGACAAAUCGACUUCUGACGGCAUAAGCAGCCCUGUGUUGAAAAACAUUAUGACAACCAAAUGGACGCUUGACGAAUAUGCGCUCGGUGCCUAUUCUGCUUGUGAGCCCGGCGAUGAUCCAAUGGACCUAAUUCUUUCUUUAACGAACAAUCAAACUUCCAAGAUUCGCUUCGCCGGUGAGCAUACCAUCAUGGAUGGCGCUGGGUGUGUGUACGGUGCCUGGGGGAGCGGCAAGCGCGAGGCUGCAUUUAUUGCUGAUAAAUUAGGCAACUUCGGAAGCCACUCAAAAACUUUGUAA